AUGACUUUCAGGCUCCGGAAAGCCACAUCGUUCAGCCUCCGCUGUUGGGAGUUGCAAAUCGUCAGGGACCGGUGGGCUGCAGGCCGCCUGUGUGUUGUGGACUGGAAGUCGAUGUCCAUCUCUCCGACACUAGUUAGAAUGGGCCGCGCGUUGUGCAAGGGGGUGGAAGUGGAGGGGAGGAGAGGCUGCGAGCGGAGUUCUUGAAGCUCCACUCCUCUGGGGGAAGCCGAGCCGAGAGGCAGCCUUCUUCCCGAGCGGAGAGCGUGCGAGCUGGAAGCGAUCCCGAGGGCUGGCCGGUCCAGGCGCAGGUCCUCUCCGGAAAAGCGGUUGCCCUCGCUUGGGAGAUGCGCCCAGCCUUCGCCUGCAUCACACUGCAUGCUUUAAUAUAUUAUUGAAACUACAAACUCACAUCCACAUCGGUUUCAUGUUGACAGAUUGCAUAUUUUGAAAGCUUGAGAUAUUUUGUAAUGAAACAUGCCAUGUGGAAACUCUGAAGUAUAGAAUUCUGCCAAACACCUGAAUAAAGAAUUCCUCACCUGGUAUGUAAGAGACAUCACUACCACCAUGACCAACCAGGAGAAGUGGGCCCACCUCAGCCCCUCAGAAUUUUCCCAACUUCAGAAAUAUGCUGAGUAUUCCACAAAGAAAUUAAAGGAUGUUCUUGAAGAAUUCCAUGGUAAUGGUGUGCUUGCAAAGUAUAAUCCUGAAGGGAAACAAGACAUUCUUAACCAAACAAUAGAUUUUGAAGGUUUCAAGCUAUUUAUGAAGACAUUCCUGGAAGCAGAGCUUCCUGAUGAUUUCACGGCACACCUUUUCAUGUCAUUUAGCAACAAAUUUCCUCAUUCUAGUCCAAUGGUAAAAAGUAAGCCAGCUCUCCUUUCAGGCGGUUUGAGAAUGAAUAAAGGUGCCAUCACCCCACCCCGUACUUCUCCUGCAAAUACAUGUUCUCCAGAAGUAAUUCAUCUGAAGGACAUUGUCUGUUACCUGUCUCUCCUUGAAAGAGGAAGACCCGAGGAUAAACUUGAGUUUAUGUUUCGCCUCUAUGACACAGAUGGGAAUGGCUUCCUGGACAGCUCGGAACUAGAAAAUAUCAUCAGUCAGAUGAUGCAUGUUGCAGAGUACCUUGAAUGGGAUGUCACUGAACUGAAUCCAAUCCUCCAUGAAAUGAUGGAAGAAAUAGACUAUGAUCAUGAUGGAACAGUCUCUCUGCAGGAAUGGAUCCAAGGAGGAAUGACAACAAUUCCACUUCUUGUGCUCCUGGGCUUGGAAAAUAACGUGAAGGAUGACGGACAGCAUGUGUGGCGACUCAAACACUUUAACAAACCUGCCUACUGCAAUCUUUGCCUGAACAUGCUGAUUGGUGUGGGGAAGCAGGGGCUCUGCUGUUCCUUUUGCAAGUACACAGUGCAUGAGCGUUGUGUGGCUAGAGCGCCGCCUUCUUGCAUCAAGACGUAUGUGAAGUCCAAGAAGAACACUGAUGUCAUGCACCAUUACUGGGUUGAAGGUAACUGCCCAACCAAGUGUGAUAAGUGCCACAAGACGGUUAAAUGUUACCAGGGUCUGACAGGACUGCAUUGUGUUUGGUGUCAGAUCACACUGCAUAAUAAAUGUGCUUCUCAUCUCAAACCUGAAUGUGACUGCGGACCUCUGAAGGACCAUAUUUUACCACCCACAACAAUCUGUCCAGUAGUACUGCAGACUCUGUCCACUUCAGGAGUUUCAGUCCCUGAGGAAAGACAAGCAACAGUGAAAAAGGAAAAAGGUGGUUCCCAACAGUCAAAUAAAGUGACUGACAAAAACAAAAUGCAAAGAGCCAACUCCGUGACCGUGGAUGGCCAAGGCCUACAGAUUACUCCUGUUCCUGGUACUCAUCCACUUCUAGUUUUUGUGAACCCCAAAAGUGGUGGAAAACAAGGAGAAAGAAUUUACAGAAAAUUCCAGUAUCUACUAAAUCCUCGUCAGGUUUACAGUCUUUCUGGAAACGGACCAAUGCCAGGGUUAAACUUUUUCCGUGAUGUUCCUGAUUUCAGAGUGUUAGCCUGUGGUGGAGAUGGAACCGUGGGAUGGAUUUUGGACUGCAUAGAAAAGGCUAAUGUUGUCAAGCAUCCUCCAGUUGCUAUUCUGCCUCUUGGGACCGGCAAUGACUUAGCAAGAUGCCUGCGAUGGGGAGGAGGUUAUGAAGGUGAGAAUCUGAUGAAAAUCCUAAAAGACAUUGAAAACAGCACAGAAAUCAUGUUGGACAGGUGGAAGUUUGAAGUCAUACCUAAUGACAAAGAUGAGAAGGGAGACCCAGUGCCUUACAGUAUCAUCAAUAAUUACUUUUCCAUUGGCGUGGAUGCUUCCAUUGCACACAGAUUCCACAUCAUGAGAGAAAAACACCCAGAAAAAUUCAACAGUAGAAUGAAGAACAAAUUUUGGUAUUUUGAGUUUGGCACAUCUGAAACUUUCUCAGCCACCUGCAAGAAGCUACAUGAAUCUGUAGAAAUAGAAUGUGAUGGAGUACAAAUAGAUUUAAUAAACAUCUCUCUGGAAGGAAUUGCUAUUUUGAAUAUACCAAGCAUGCAUGGUGGAUCCAAUCUUUGGGGAGAGUCUAAGAAAAGACGAAGCCACCGCCGAAUAGAGAAAAAAGGGUCUGACAAAAGGACUACACUCACAGAUGCUAAGGAGUUGAAGUUUGCAAGUCAAGGUACAAAUAGAAGCUGGGCACUGGGAUAUUUUUAUCAUGCACCUGCAAACUCAGAUCUGAGUGAUCAGCUGCUAGAGGUAGUUGGCUUGGAAGGAGCCAUGGAGAUGGGACAAAUAUACACGGGACUGAAAAGUGCUGGGCGGCGGCUGGCUCAGUGCUCCUCUGUGGUCAUCAGGACUAGCAAGUCUCUGCCAAUGCAGAUCGAUGGGGAACCAUGGAUGCAGACCCCAUGUACGAUAAAAAUUACACACAAGAACCAAGCCCCAAUGCUGAUGGGUCCUCCUCCAAAAACUGGGCUGUUCUGCUCUCUCGUCAAAAGAACAAGAAACCGAAGCAAGGAAUAAACCUGUUUCAUUUUAUUCUUAGAGAUCUAAUUAGCAUAAUUGGGCCAUGAAAACUUAUGCUGGAAACCUUUCAACCAUUUCAGUUCUCUUGCUCAUGCAAAAUCAUGGAAUUGGUUAACAGUUUUUGUUACCGAGCUAAUGUAAUAUUCAGCUAUUAGAAAAUUUGUCUCCGUUUUUAUAGGCAUCUUUGCAUGAAGAAGGCAGAAGUGUACAUGAAGUGAUCCUGCAUAUUUUUGUUGCACGUGUUCCCAUAGAUUUUUAUGUCUCUCAUCCACCCCUCCCCCAAUUCCAUUUACUAACCUGUGAGACAAAUAUGUGAAACAUAAAAGGAAAUAUCAUGGGAAAUGUGAUUCUGCGUGUGAUUCAAAUUAUUGGUAAGCACUAAUCAGUAAUGCUAUGAUGAUCAUCACUGUAGAUUGCUAUAUUUUUCCCUUAUAGAAUCAGUGCAUCAAUGAUCUUUGAACUAUGACUUGAAAAGAAACUUUUAAUUGGACGAUUUUAUUAAAUAGUUGUCUGUGAUAACCUUGCUGUACCUAAAUAGUUUUUCUUCAACAUCUUAAUGCUUCUGAGUGGAAUUUAAAAUAUCAGAUAUAUAAAGUUUUCUUGUGCUAAAAAAAAAAUAGAAAGUGAUUUUUAUUUUGUUCCAUUUUGUUUUUAAUUCCAGAAAUAAGUGAAAACAGAAAUAAGUUAGUUGGCAGUGAAGUGUGAUAAUAUGACAAGCCUUACUCCUUUUUGCAUGUGGAUCUAGAAGAAAAUUCAUAACCACACCAAUAACCAAACAAAUGUUUUAAACUAUGUGCCUAAUAUACUAUUUCCCACCAAAGAGUCAGAAAAAGAUGCUUGAGAGAAAUGGGUUAAUGUAUAAUUAAUUAGCUUUGUGGAGUAAAUUUAUGGUUCUUAUGAUUAAUUUUCUGAUGACUUAAACUCUGGAAGAGAGUGAAUUACCCAUUAAUUAUAAUUAAAAUUCUCACCUUACAUAGACAAUAGGCCAAACAACACAAUCAAAGCUCAAAUGCUGAUUUCUUGCUUUUUUGGUCAUUUAUAAAUAUAGGUAUGUGUAAUUUUUAAUGGGUCAGUUAAGUACACUUGAGAUAGUAAAUGAUCGUAUCAGUUUUGCUCUGGAAUAAAUUGAUACCUGCAAUGCUAUUAAGCUCAUUGAAGCAAAUCGUGCAUGCAGUUAGCCCUCUUCCAUCAGCCUACACCGCUCCCAUCUCUGUGACAUUUCAAAUGUUUAUUUGGAAAUAAUGACCCAGAUCGUUGUUUAUGGUGUUCAUGGGAUGGUUGGAGUGUCCAUUUAAAGAAAUCACGGCAUAGUACUUUCCUUGGUGUUUCAUUAAAUCUAUGAUAUAAAAUGAAAUGCUUUUCUGAGCAGUUUGGGUAUUUUUCAGUCAUAUUGACCUGCAUCCCAUCAUUGCAUGUUUUCUGUUUUUAAACAUGCCAUGAGGAAAACAAGUGCUUGAAAUGCAUGAUUUAUUAGUUUUUCUCUCCACUCAGCAUUAAAGUACUAAUGAUUUAUCAGUUCUGUUUUUCUAUUGAUUCAUUCAUCUUUGAAUAACAAAUAGCAUUUAGUGAUUCUGUUGAACACAAUCCUGUGCAUGGAUUUAUGGAUUUCAAGUGAAAUUGCUAUAAUUUUUGUUCUUCAGUUUGAAAACUCAACUGAAUGCCGUUAUAUCAAAUAGCUACUCUCAAGCAAUGUACUAUAAUGGAAGAUUAUGUAUAAAGCGUAUUAUUUUAGUGUUCCAGGAACAUUAGAUGGUAAAUAUCAAUCAACAAUAAGUUUAAUUGCUUUGAAAAUAAAAGCUUUUGAAUAAAAUUAAGACAUAAUUUAGCAGUCCCAGGAAAAUGAUCAUUACAAUUGCAAAUGUAGCACAGCAAUCACUUGCCCUAGUAUAAUAAUAAUAAUAAAAAAAAAGUUAUUUGGCAGAGCGUAAUCUGGAGCAAAAGAAAUCUCUCAAAACAGUAACAAAUGCAUUACUGACAUGAUGUUACAUAACAAACACAUUGAUUUUGUGUAUCUUUGGUUACAGGUAGUAAAUAUUUCUACAUAAAUUGACAAAGUUUUGUACAAUGGGCAGGCAGGCUUUGUAUCAAAAUAUAUUCUGAAGCCACAGAUGAUUUUAUGUGCAGUACACAUACAGUUAUGUUUUGGCUGCCUUUUAGAGUAUGUAGUUUGAAGGCAGCAACAGUUGAUGAAUCAUUCUUAACAAUCUGUGUGGUGGCGAGCUCUUGAAGAGACAGCGGCUUGAGACAGUUCAAACAACCUGCCUGUCAGAUUCCCAGAGUCUAGUAAAAGCAUGCAGCUUUACUUCCGGGGUAGCCAUGUAACUCUCAUUAGUGCUGAUAGUAGUUACAUCUUCAGUUACAAUCCAUUGGUACAAAUAAUACAUGUUCAAGCAGGAAUCAAAUGUUACUGUCUUCGACUCAUUUCCUAAAGUUCCUGACAUGCUUGCCCUCCUACUACACUACUCCUGGGGUUUGGAAAGUAGUUUUAAAAGAGCAACUUUGAUGGUUUUGAAAUCAGAGAAGAUAGUCUCCAUUUUUAUGACAGCUGCAGGUGAAGAAUAUAUAUUUUCAAGAAAAUUCUAAACUAAAAGUUCUAUGGUUUAGUCAAAUACUGAAUAAUGAAUGUUAGCUUUUCAAGAUGGAAUGUGUUCUUCUGUGUGUGGGGGUGAGUGCCUGAGUGGUUGAGUCAACUUCUUUUAAACAGAGUAGAUCUAGUUUUUCUACAGAGUUUUAAGCAAAAGUUAAUAUUGGGCUGGCAGGAGUCAGAUUAACAGGGGAAAAGAGAUAGGCAUGUUGCCAAACAGUGCCAUACACCGAGUUGACAAACAGACAUUCCCGAAGAAACCUGGAUAUCCAUGCUUCCCAUUGGGAAUAGAGGUGUCUUCGUGACCCAGAAAUUUUAAAGGACAUAAAUGUAUUUUUCCACACUCAUCUGUAUACCAUGUGUACUCGAUGCAAAAAGUCCUAGUCAGUUUAUUGUGGAAGAAGAUGAUAUCUUGUAGAAAGUGGAGAAAAUAAACUUUUAAUACAGUUUUUUUUUUAUGUUUAGACUAUGUGAUUAUAGCCAUAACGAAGCAGAAGACUCAGAUGUUUAGUGUAGUCUACUGCAGGUAGAAAUGUAAAUUUGAUUAAGAGCUAAUGAAUCGCCUGUAUGUUUCCGCAUUUUGUUCUUUUUUUUUUCUUUUUUAGGGGGAUGGGAAAUAAGCAAUUUUCAAGGAAGAAUCUGUUUUGAAUCCCAGGUUGUAUUCUACUUGAACGAGACAAAACUUUUAAAUGGUUCCAUGUCUUUUUGUGUCAGUUUGUUGUUUAUUGAUUAUAAAAAGAAAAAUGUACCUUUCAUGGCACAUAUAACCCACAAACGAUUAUUCAAAUACAGUAUGUAUAUUCUAAACUAAACGAUGAAGCCCUUGUAAUAUAUGUUGAGGAUGUAAAAUUUAAAUAAAUGAAUAAAUAAAUAAAUAAAUAAACAAGGAAAACCCACAAAAGAGCUUCUGUUUUGUGACAGGCAGACAUUACCCCUUAAGUCUCCCGACUGAAUUGCAUUCUGUUUAAAUAAAGUUUGAAUAAAUGCACAUUUCAAGGAUUCUGUACAUCCUUACUGUGUUUAAAAACAUAGAAGUCGUUUAAUUACAGUGUCUUAAUUAUUUUUCAGAAAGUGUUACAUACAGUAUCCUGCUUUUUGAAAUAAAAAUGUUAACCACUCA